UCCGUCAGUUACAGCGCGUCAUGACUGUGGCACCACAGUUUGCGUUGGCGGGCGAAUCAACAAUCGAUCGUGGUUUUUAAGCUAAGGGGUUGAGUCUCCCGUGUGUUAUUUUUAGUCAUGCGAUGGACAUCCUUUAAGAUGUAAGUGUGAGUGGGAUGCAGGACAGUAGAGCGGUGAAUUAUGCCGUUGCCGUGAGAGUGGACUGAUCGAGGCACUUUUAAAGGUGGCCACAGACAUGGAGAGUCCUUCUAAGAUCGAGAGGCGACAAGCGUGGGCAAGCAGCCGCCACAAGUUUACCGUAAAAGAUGCAGGACACCGCAGCUCCACAGCAGAACAUCAGUCUCAUUUCUCGCUCCAAGAUGAUGUCUUUGUGGAUGGAUGCUCUGCUGGAAAAAUUGAAACCUGGCUUCAAGGUUGUGGGAAUGAAGCCAGUCCUGCCAAAGGCAGUCACCUAACAAUAGGCCCUUCGAGGACAGGUACCAGCUUUGAGGAUGAUCUGAGUCUGGGUGCAGAGGCUACUGCAUUACAUUAUCCAUCAGGUGCACCACAGUUUAGAAGCACACCACAACACAAACUCAACCUGGCAUUAUUAAGCAUGGGGCAGAGCGUCGCAUCCAGUGCCUUCUCAACCACUACCAACAGGACUGUUUCCAGCGUGUCUGAAGUCCUCCAAAUGCGUGCUGAAGAUGCAGAAGAGACCCUUUUCCAGCUGGGUUUCGGUUGCGAGGAACCGCAGGUCACUGCCCGUAUCCCAGUCCGCUUCUUCAAUUUCCCAUCCCAGCUCAAAGGCAUCAACUUCCGCCUCUUUCUUGAAUCCCAGCUCUCCAGGAUACGCCAGGAAGACCCCUGUCUUUCAUUAGCAAGUCGUUUCCGACAAGUAGAGGCAUUGACGGCAAUGGCCAAUGCCUUCUAUUCACUGUACUCCCAUGUGUCCCGAACACCUCUUCAGAAGCUUGCACCACCCCAGUUAACCUUCACCUCCCCAAUCGUGGAGAGGACUAUGUCUCGAACCAGUGUCCGCAGUGAACCGCGCUCCCCUGUUGAAAGGCUAAAAGACACUAUCUCCAAAAUGUGUUUAUAUACGGGAUCCCGUGGCUCAGACUCCACGUCUCCAAGCAAUUCACCUCGUAAGCGUAAAUGCAGUCUGUCAGGUGUAGUUGAGAAGAGUGCAGAAGAUGACAAUGAAGAGUUAUGUCUUCAAAUGGAAGUAGAUGAUUUGGAACAAGACUUGGACUGGUUUAUAGAGAGCAAGAAAGAACUCGAGGAGGAGACGUACGGGGUAAACCCCGAAAGGACUGAUUCCUCAGAGUGUAUGCCUUGUCAAUCACUAUCCGAGACGACAAAUGAAAAUGUACACAACCUCAGGCAUGCAUUAGCAGAGUGUACACCUUGCCUAGAGCCAAAAACAGACAUGGACGUGAAGUCCAAAGGUUGUGCUCUGCGUUCUGGGCUUUCAAAUAGCUCCAGCGUUACCAUGGAACCUGUUCCUAUCAUUGCCCAUGAAAUCAUAUGCCCUCAGGUUGUUGAAUAUGUGAAUCAGGCACCUUACCGCUGCAUACACACAAAUAGUAUGGAUAUCAAAAACUCACCAUUUGCACACCAGACAACUAAUAAAUCUCCUGUAAGACAAUCUAAUGCAAAUAAUUUACCCAAGUCAGAUCAGUUAUGUCAGAUCACAAUCACUGGAUGGGAGGACGACACUACCCUCUCCAACAGAGACACUCAGGAGCAGAGUUCAUCCAACAUCAAGAGGUUACUAAAGCCAGUAAAACCACUAAACCUGAACAAACAAGGCAACUCCUUCGAGCUGGAAGAGAAUAGAGUUUCAAUUCAGGUUCACAGUGCAGAGGAAGAGGAAACCACUUCAUCAGAAUUUUGCUCCACAGUCACAUUGUCUGUUUCGACGCAUCACCACAAAUCGUCGCCACUGCGAGGGGACAGUUUUCAGUCAGACAGCAGUGGAUAUGCUGAUGAGGAUGUGCACCAUUAACCUCUUAACCCCAGAGAAAACAUCAUCAAAUUUCAGGCUAACGAAGCACAAACUGCGUCUACUAAUGUCCUUCAAGUCAAAAUGAAAUGGUGUUUGCAAACCUAUCUUUCUAAGUGUAUUUGUCCAUCGAGAAUGACUUUAUCAUUGGAAAAGCUUGCACAGAUAAUUCAUGCACAAUAAGACCAGGAGCAUGUAUGAUCGUUGCUUUUAUAUUACCCUAAUGUGAAAACUAGCAGCCUAGAAUGAUGCAUAUGAUCUGGUUUUGUGCACUUUUCGUUCUUCUUGGUCAGAUGGAUAAACUGCUGUACAUAUUGCCUUUAUUUGUCAUUCCACAAUGGUAAUAAAUAAUUUAUUUGAACUAUUUCA